CUCGCCGCCAAUGCAAAAAACGCGACCGAUGGCGAGCAUGACAUGACCGUCUGGCAGGGCAUUAAGCAAUAUCGCAAGGCCGUGUUCUGGUCCGUCGUCUUCUCGCUUUGCAUCGUCAUGGACGGCUACGACCUGGGUUUCACCGGUACUCUGUACGCCCACCCAGCCUUCCAAGCGCAAUUCGGCGAGCCCUACAAGAACGGCUACCAGAUCUCGGCCGCCUGGCAGACAGGUUUCCACGUGACGGGCAAAGUCGGCAACAUGAUCGGCGUGCUGCUCGACGGCUAUUUCUCCGAACGUCUGGGCCGUCGGACCGUGUCGCUCGUCACACUAGCAAUGUUGGCUGGUCUCAUCUUUAUGCAGUUUUUCGCUAAAACCCUCCCUGUCUUCCUCGUCGGUCGGUUCCUCGCCGGGGUGCCCAUCGGUGUCUUCCAAGCCGCGGCAAACACAUACGCGGCCGAGGUGUGUCCCACUGUUCUGCGAAGCUACCUGACGACGUAUGUCUGCCUUUGCUGGGUCAUGGGCCAAUUCAUCUGCGCUGGCGUCACAUAUGAGCUGUCCAAGCUACAUAACGAAUGGGGAUGGCGCAUCAUUAUCGCGGUCCAGUGGGCUUGGAUCCCGCCACUCUUGGUACUCAUCUGGUUCGCCCCGGAGAGUCCGUGGUGGCUGGUGCGCGAGGAACUCUACGAUGAGGCGGAGAAGAUGGUCAUUCGUUUAACGGAUGGCUCCGUCAACCCUAAAGAGUCCGUGGCUAUGAUGAUUCACACGACACGGCUCGAGAUGGAGACCAGCUCCGGUGUCUCGUACCUCGACUGCUUCAGGGGAACAGACCUGCGCCGCACCGAGAUCGCCUGCCUCGUCUAUGGCAUUCAGGCUGGCGUGGGCAACCCGCUGCAGGCGUAUACAACCUACUUCUUCCAGCAGGCUGGUCUGCCGACGAGCGAGUCCUUCAAGCUCAAUAUUGGCAACAAUGCUACCUCAUUCGUCGGUACCAUGCUGACCUGGCCUCUGCUCUACUACUUUGGUCGUCGCACAGUCUUUUUCGGUGGUCUGUGCUGCAUGACCGUCCUGUACUUUGCCAUCGGUUUCGCUGGUAUUCCCGACAUGACCAACACGUCCGCCAACUGGGCCAAGUCGUCGCUGCUUAUUGUCUACCUCUUUUUCUAUUGCCCGACCGUCGGCGCAACUGUAUACGUCAUCGUAGGCGAGGUGGGCGCUAGUCGAUUGCGGAGCAAGACCGUCGCUCUCGCCCGAAACUUCUACUGUCUCGUGGCUAUUAUCUCAGGCAUCAUUGUGCCAUACAUGCUGAACCCGACCGCCUGGAACUGGAGCGCAAAGGCCGGCUUCUUCUACGGCGGUAUUAGUAUCCUCUGCCUAGUCUGGGUCUACCUAAGAUUGCCCGAGAUGAAAGGCCGCACCUAUGAGGAACUCGACAUUCUCUUCGACAGGCGCAUUCCCGCGAGAAGGUUCAAGAGCGAGCCCAUCGAUGCCUAUGCGGAAUACGAUGAGUUAACUAAGAUUAAAAGCGAAGCGUAAAAGAUACUAUUUAUGUAACUAGCGUAAAUGCCCAAUGAGUGGGCCACCUUUAUCACUUCACCAAAAGUCCAUUUUCUCACACAUAUCUCUUAAUAACUAGCUAUGGAGACUCCUG